CAGAUGACGCUUUAAAACAAAGAGAUGAGAACAGAAAGUAAAAUUGCUGUGGAUUGUUUUACAGCACUUGAAAUGAAGUACGUGGUGAGAUCCCAUCAGCUGUAGCAGUUCGAGCACUACAUGAUGAAACGAUAAACAUAAGUGGGCUGGUAUCUCUUAACAAUCUUUUUUCUCUUUUUGACGCUGCAGCAAUUGAAACUGGCUUUUUUUAACCAAGGAGAAAUCUGUCAGUGAGAGCCUGAAUUAUUUAAAUUGUUAUUUUUUCAUAUACAGUUGUAAUUUUUUUAAGGAUUUAAUUGCAUUUUAUAACCAGAAGGCAAGUUAAAAUGUUUCGGUUGAGGGAUUUCUUUGCAGAACAGAGUUAAGUUAUUGGAGGAGAUAGUAAAAUGGCAUAAUAACCUAUGAGUGGUUGAGGAUAAUCUUGCUUUCUCUGGGAUCCCAUCACCUCAGUGUUAAUAGAUGUUGCAUAGGGGCUGCUUUCAAGGGAGAGAUCACCCUACAGGUUUCUAUUACUGUGACAUCUCUUGAGAUGGCAUGUGUAUCUCGUGCCAGUUUCACUUAGCAGGGCGGAGGAACUUGCAGGAGGUUUCAGCAGUUUCAAGUGCUGUAGGGGUGCAGCAAAAGCAAGUGCGCAGUUUGAAAAUGCUACAGAGCUGAGUGAAAAAGAGGCAGGAUGUACUCUACGACUGACUAAUUGUGUUUCAAAUUGGGUCUUUGUGCGCACAAUGGGGAAUGGGAUUGCUCUGAGCUCCCCACUGAAGCACCCAAAGAUGAGAAAGUUGUCAGAUUUGUAGGUCAGGCUGCAGGGGUUGUUGUUAGGCAGACUCUCUCACAGCUCCAGAUGUCACAUUAGUUUGAUUCCGGGCUAUAAUUGGUGGUGAGUGUCUGUUUACAGUUCUGACUGCUUUCAACACUACCCUUUUCCCGAAUUCCCCUUUUGUUUUGAAUUGCAGAUAAGGUAUUUUAACAUUAUCCCUUCUGUGUCCCAAUUUUCUUAUUCGUCUACAGUUAGCUCCUUCUCUUUCUUCUUACUGUCCUCGUGCUGUUUAUUUUCCUGACACGUUGUGUUGAAAUCUUAAUUGAUUUCAGUGUUGGAGAGAAUGGCAGGAGUAUCCUAGUCCCAUCUGGAGCUUAUCAGUGCUUGACCCGGUUUCGGUGUGCUACGUUAGCGUGUAGCUCCACCGGGAUCUGUCCCCUCAUCGUGCUGACAAAGGGAAGAAGGUCACAGCCGGCCCAUCCCGGUCCAGCCCGACACAACCAGAGCCUAACAUCACCUAAUCCUGCCUCAGAAUGCCAGCUCCAAAGACCUAAAAGUUGCUUACAUUACAAUUUCUCCCUCCUCCCUCAUUGUAGGUCACUUGGUCUUCCUUCUUCCAUUUUGGAAAGGGCUUCCGGGGAUAUUUUGCCCUACAAAAAAAAUAAUUAUCUUAUCUCCCUAAUUCCCAAUUAUUAUGCACAGGCUUAUUUAAGAAAAAGGAUUAGAUUUUCUCUCUUUUUUUGUUGGCUGCACCAGCGAACAGGGGAUGAAUUUGAACGUGACACUCCACUCCUCUGCUGCAGUGAGGGGGUCCUACACAUGGAUGAACUGGGGGAGGAGAGAGCACCGUGAGGCUGUCAUGUAAGCAGUCUCCUCUGGGGCCACCUCUUGGUGCGUACUGCUUCCUGCUUUAGGUAGAAGCCUCAGUUUUUCUGCUGCUGCAGCAUCAGACUGCUCGCUCUCUUCUCCUCUCCCUCCUGUUGAGAAGGCAACAGAGCUACUGUCAAAGUACUGAAAUGGAGAAGAGCUGCUCAGAGUGCUCAGAGCCAACACUUGCACAGAGUCUGUGUACACUCUGCAACAAGUGGUUAUGUUACCAGUGCACAGAUGUGCAUCAGCAUCACAGAGGCCCUGCUACUUCCCAGUACACCGACUUGCACCAACAGCAGAGGCCCAGUGCCACUCAGUGUCCUGACCUGCACCAGAGAGGCUCCAGUUCCCUGCCACCCACCGGACAAGGCCCGGGGUCAUAUCCUUGCUCCCUCCUAAUGUGCCACUCUCACAGACAGGAGCCCUUGGAGCUGUUUUGUGAGUCAUGUGACCUUCUGUGCUGUAGCAGCUGUCACCUGUCCUCCCACAAAAACCACAGGGUGGUGCAGAUCGGGAAGGCCCUGCAGGAUCAGCAGUGGCUGUUUGAGAGCCUGAUGGUGCAGGUGGAAGAGAGGCGGUCUGCGGUAGAGAACAAUGCCAAACAGAUAGAGGGAAGACUUCAUGGAGUAAAGAUUGCACAUAGGAAGGCAGAGAACCAGAUUAAAAUGGCAAAGAUGAUUAUGAUGAACGAGCUUAACAAACGAGCCAACCUAUUAAUAGAGCAACUGGAGAAAAUCUCAGAGGACUUCCAGCAGCGUCUGGAGGACCAGCUGCAAGGGGCAAUAGAGAUAUGUGGGCAGCUGGACCACGUUCAGAAGUUCAUCACCUGGGCUACGACCCACCACCGCAGAGGCCCGGUGCUCUUCAGCAGGGCUCUGAUUUCACUCCAGAUGCAGCAACUGCUUGAGCCAUCACUCCAAUCAGACUCCUGGAGUCCUGUCAAGAUCAAAUUCAACUGGGAUGCUAGUUACUGGAUGAAGCAGAUUUCCUCUUUAGGCCAGCUGACUGUAGAAGGGGGAAGCUGCACUUAUCCCCAGGGUUUGGCCUGCUCCAGUAUUAUGAGGCCUCAGCCCAUCACCUGCUUGGCUCUACCGUCUGUGUUUCGAAGAAGAGAGCCGGGCUGUGGGUACCAGGCCUGCUGUGAGCCCCAGAUGUGUUGCUUGCAUGACAUUCCCUCUCAUCCAGAUCUGCCCAGUCUGGACAAAAGCGAGCUGGAAGCCAAACUUUAUAACUCCAGCUGUGUUCAGCCUGCCCUUAUCCCUGCCUCACUGCACCAGAGCCAGCAGCUCCAGAGGUGCUGGGACACGGACAGCUCCUCACACUGUCCUCCCCCUACAUCACCUGUCCCGACCAUAGGACCCAUCCAGCUCAACUGCAGUCGAGGACCUACUUCCCAGCCACAAGCUGCCGACUCCCAACCCCACUCUCAGCCUAAAUCUUAUCUUUCUUAUCACCACCAGAGAGAGAUUCUUCCGGACAGCCAGGCUCAGCUAAGUGCAAACCGCAGCAGGCCAGGCCAGUGUCAGGGGAAGCUGUCGUUUAGCCCAACUAUGCAGCAGGAGCUCAGCCACACAGCUGUGGACAGAGAUGUGAUGACUGAGGGGAGCUGGGAGGAGAGAUGCAGAGUGGAGGAGACUUGUGGUCACACAGCAGUGGUGGAAAGCAGACAACUGCUUGAUGAGGAGCUUCAGCAGGACAGGAGUGAGCAGAGCCAUGUCCAGCAGCUGCUUCAGCAGCCGCAGCAGCCGCAGCAGCAGCAGCAGCAGCAGCAGCAGCAGCAGCGCCGUGUUCCUACUGCAGCAGACCUGAGAAAAGAGCAGCAGGGGACCAGACCUGCGCUGUCACUCAGGGACCACAGAGAUGGAAGGUCUGAAUCCUACAUACCUCUCCCAAGGGGCAUGGAUCAGAGAUCUACAUCCCUGGAGGUGUCAGUGACAGCCCACGACUAUGUACCUGAUGUGCAGAGCAGCGGGCGAAGCCCUAGUUCGGCGUGCACGAGAAGGAAGAGACGCUCCCAGAGCAUACCGGCAGAACUGGCAGCCCCAUCCACCAGUCCUUACACUGAAAGGCCCACAGGAUGGACUCACAGCCUAGAGGCAGGAGCUGCAAAUAAGUAUUCCAGUAUGGAUCCCAGACAGAGGAGAGCUUCAGAUGGGGUGCUUUGUGUUGUCAAGGAAAUUUCGUCUGACAUGGCCGUGCCCAGAGGCCAAUGUUCUCAUCUACUGUCCUAUAAGACAGAGCCAGAUCAUUCUUUUACGAAUGUAAAUGAAGAGAUUGAUUAUGAGGACAAGGAGAAAUGCAGGAUGUCAAGAAAUGGCCACAACAGCAGAGAUGUUCAGAAGGACUCAGGAAGGCCCAGGGUUCCAGUGGUUUGCUUAGAGCGUCUCAAAAUACUCAUCUCUCAACUCCCCCCACAUGGACGACGGCAGAGUGACCCUUUACCUGCUAGCUCGAUGGAGAAGAGCGAAACUCUCCCACAGCAGAGAACCUGGCAUGAUGUAAUGCCUCAAGGGAUAGCUGUAGGCUCUGAGACCAGGAGGACCACCCGCUCACUCACAGCGCCACCUUAUGCUGCAGAGCGACAAACUUAUCAUCAGUCUUCCACACAGUCAACCAACAGUGAGUUUGACAGCCGAGGGAGAUUCAGCUCUCGUAGAGCAUCCACACUGCCCUCCACAGACCCUAAAUAUGUGCCAGAGAGUUACUCUGCACUGGAUCUGGAGUCUGAUUCUGAUCCUAGGUCAGUCUCAGAAGACACAGUUGUUUCUCGGGCUGAUCCAGACCCAGAGAUGGACUCAGAUGCAUCACCAGAUUCUGAACCAAAUGCAGAGUCUUCAUCUGAAGCUGAACUUGAAUGUCUGGCUGAGGAGAAAUCAGUGGCUGCAGGAGAGAUGGGGCUCUGCGGUGACACUGAUAUUGCAGGGUAUUCAGAGCCAAGUCUUGAAUAUGAGGCGGACCCAGAAUCAGACGCUGAAGUGGGAUCAGAGGAUGGCCAAGGGCUAGAUGCUGAUUCUGAAUCACGCGAUGCAGAUACAGAGUCUGACAUUCAGCCUGAAUAUGAUCCCCGUUUUCAGGCUGAGAGUGAUUCUAACGUCGUGUCCGAUCAGCCUCCAGACUCUCAGGGCUCUGUGGAGUCUGAGCUCGACGUCGAAUCUGAACCUGAAUUAACAACUGAUGAUCCACAACCGCUUCGCUCUGACCUGGAAGAGGAAUCCCACAUUGGACCUGGUCAGAGGCCGCUUCUGAUCGCAAACCCUGUAGCUCAGAGGGGGACAGAGGAAGUCCAGCCUGAGCAGGACAGUGCAGAGAUGGAGAGUGAGGACUUCUGUGCUGUCUGUCUGAUUGGAGGGGACCUGCUGUGCUGUGACCGCUGUCCAAAAGUCUUUCAUUUGUCUUGCCAUAUCCCGUCUCUGCUAAGCUUCCCCUCAGGUGACUGGGUGUGCAGCCUGUGCAGGAAUGUUUUGCAGCCGGAGGUUGGAUACGACUGUGAGAAUGAGAGAGCAUCUGGAGAACACAAAUCGGCCCACGGACUGACUCUAUGUGACCAGAGAAAAUGUGAGCGGCUGACUCUCCUGAUCCUCAGUAACAUCCUGAGCGCUCCCUUCCAUGAGCCUGUCAGUCCACUUGCUCGCCAUUACUACCAGAUCAUCAAGAGGCCAAUGGAUCUGUCUGUAAUCAGAGCCAAACUCAAUAAGAGGAAUCCUCGACAUUAUAACUCACCGGAUCAGUUUGUUGCUGAUGUCUAUCUCAUGUUCAACAACUGUGCAAAGUUCAAUUAUCCUGACUCUGAGGUGGCCCAAGCAGGGCGAAGCCUCGAGGCAUUCUUCACUUCCAAGCUGAAAGAGGUUUUCCCAGACAGAGUUUUCGCUGCGGCCGAGGCGGACUCUGACAGCGAUGAGUAUGAUGAGGCCUACAGAGCCGCUGAGAGUGGUUUCCCCUGGCCAGAGAGGAGGGAGCAGUGCCACAGGAAGAGGAAAAGGAGAAACUCUCUCAAGUCGAGGAGACAUUAUUUCUAAGCAGAGGUGAAUGGAGUACAGCCAUGGAUACAAAUAUGCUUUAUUUGUGUGUAACUAUACUGCUUUUAUUUAACAGGUUGUGGGGUUGUACCAGUGUUUCCAUUCUGUAAUCAGAAAGUGGCCCUAUUUGGGGUUUGCAGUAAGAUCACAGUGCUGCCAUCCUAUGGCAGCUCAACAUAUUGAAACAAUACUUCAAAUAUUUGAGCAAUUGUUAUCCCUGCAGACCUCAACUGAUCAGAAGAGCAGAGACUGUUUAAAAAACUACUGGAAAAAAAUUUAAGUUACAUACUGUGUGCUAUACCUUUGGAACCAUAUCUCUUUGGAGAAAAUCAGAGAUUGUUGAGUUGCUUUUGCUUAAAACAAGUCAUAGUAGUGAGGUGAUGCUGUCAUCGUUACAGUACCAUAUCAUAUUUUCGACAUUAAUGAUUUCUCCCCGAUGCACUGGAAAGUACUUACUGUGUUUACAAUUAGGCAUACCUUCUUACAUAUCUUAUGUUAUAUGCUAUGUAUAUUGUACAAAGAGGAUGCUGUAGUUGGAUGUUCAUCAACGUCACCUUCCAUCAUUAUGAAGUGGUUCUUUUUUUUAGUUGAACAUAGCCCUCAUAUACAGCACUUUGAAACUUUAACAUUAGUAAAUUCAGUACUUACCAUAUUCGUAAAUGUUCGACAUAUUUAUACAUGUGUAACUGUACAGAACUUUAUUUUACUAUAUUUGUCACUUUAAUUACUAAAUGAUUGCAGGCAAUUAUCAUAGGUUUGAUUAUUGAUAUAAUUAAUUUGUCUCAGUAGCUUUUUUUAAAAAGCAGCAGUGCAUCUUACUGCAGAAUGUGAGUGAUUGAGGGCACUACAACUGGUGCUGGAGCUCAACAGGGCCUACUCUUCGCAUUUUCAUGUUUGCACCAUCCAAGAAAAUUUCAAUUUUGCAUUUAACCAUGAAUUAGGUUUGUGUAUACAUUAUGUAACAUUUCCGUUCCACCUGUGUUUCAGCAAAAUGUUGUACUCCUUUAUUAUCUAAAUACUGUAUCUCAGGCUGAAUAAGAGUGUAAGGUAUUGAUAUCAUUCAGUAUGGAUUAUUUUAAAAACGUCCUUGCUUUGUAGAGCCACACUGUUGAGAGGAAAUGUGUAAUUUUAUAAUAUGCACUGUUGUAGAGAACUUCCUGUUUUUAAAUAUACUUUACUUGCUUCCUGCUACUUAAGAUAGACUUUACUUGACUUUUACAGUAAUUAAUGGCCAAAUUAUUGUCUGUAUCUUCUUUGAUCAUUGUCAAGAAUAGUGAAUAUACAGUAUAACUGUACGUAACGUUACUUCCUUUUAAAUCAAUAGAUGUAAUAAUAUUUCUUAUUGUGUGAGGGAAGACUGAUAAACUAUAGUUACUGUCACUGUUUCAUGAGAACAAUGUGGCUCAUUUUUUUUCAUUUUUUUACUGUAACAGUCAACAAUAAAUGCACAUAUCAAUAA